ACAUUCCCGGAAGAUGCACAUUACCACCAGUUGUUUCACCCUGUGCCAAAUAAGAGUCAGCGGAGUACAGGCCAACACAGCUAGCGGAAGCGACAAUUUUCCUCCGCAAAAUUACGCGUUUGAGCCCACUUAUUUGCAAAUGUACACCUGCGAAGCAGACUGGCGAACUUCCAGGGUGUUACCAAACUUUGUUGUCGGGCCAAUUAUUUCCCAGGAAAAUGUGACUCCUAGGAAUUCCCCACGCAUCAGCAGCCUGUGUCGGAGAAAACCGCGACCUUGUGUCAGGAAGCAGCAGCGGGAGGGUGAAAUCUGACGGCUGCCUAAGCGAUGAUGUAGCCUUAGCACCGCUCCAGCCUCCCGAGUCCCUCUACAAGGGAUUCAUUAUGUAUUUGGACGGUUUUUCCUGAGGAGAGUCGCUGAAGUACCUGUAAAAAGCCUCAGACAGUGUCUCAGUGAUGACAUCUUCAACCAAAGUGUAGAUCCUCCAGGCGCAGCGGAGUCCGGCCUCUGUGUCAGAGAGCGGUGAGGCUGCUCCCAUCUGGGCUACGACGCUUCAGUGAAACCUCGGCUCUCUCAUUCAGCUUGAACUGCACCAGGAAACAGGACGACACAGAAGCUAUUUUGUGUGUGGUUAAGCCACAGCAGAAGAAGAAGGAGGUGGAGGAGGAGUACUCAUCACUGUGGGGACAUUUUAGCCUGCUCCCCGCCCUCUGAACUUCUCUGCGAUGACGACUGCCGUACAGCCCAGUGAACUGGUGUUUGAAUUUUCCAACGGGAUUGAUGAGAUGAAUCAGCUGGAUGACCCGUCAGUAUUCCCAGCCGUGAUCGUCGAGCAGGUGCCCACAGCUGACCUGCUGCAGGUCUACUCAGGCCUCGAGUCCGAUGAGGUGACAAAUGGCAUCAUGGUGGACACAACUCUCAGCGUGGUGGAGGGACAGUCCAUCCUGUCAGAAGGAGUGCAUCUCUCAGAAGCAAGAGUUUCCCGUGCCGACGACAGUAUGGAGACAAACGAAGCUGCGGCAGUUCUCCUGAAUAUGGAGUCUCCAAAUAAUAUUUUGGAUGAGAAGCGUAUGAUUCACACCUACAAUCAUCUGCUAGAGUCAGAGAUGACGUACACUCCGCUCAGGCCUGACCAAAUGGACAGCGUCGCCCUUGAGAUGUCCUUGGAUGAAGACACCUCAUCCAUGGAUGAGAUUCCUCAAAAGUGUCCCUUGAAACCUCAAAAAAAAAACAAAGUGCGAAAGCCCCGGGUAGUGCGCCCCUGCUCUCCAAUCACAACCCCUAACCUGCCACUCAGGAAGAAGAGCAAAGAGGGCAAAGGCAACACCAUCUACCUGUGGGAAUUCCUCCUGGCUUUGCUGCAAGAUAAAAACACCUGUCCCAAAUACAUCAAGUGGACACAGCGUGAAAAAGGCAUCUUUAAGCUGGUGGACUCCAAAGCUGUUUCAAAGCUUUGGGGCAAGCACAAGAACAAGCCCGACAUGAACUAUGAGACCAUGGGGAGGGCUCUCAGGUACUACUAUCAGAGAGGCAUCCUUGCUAAAGUGGAAGGGCAGCGUCUGGUCUAUCAGUUCAAAGAGAUGCCUUCUGACCUGGUGGUGAUUGAGGAUGACGAGACGGGAUCGGACGCCAACACUGGCUACGAGAACCAAAGAUCUUCCAACGGACGAGGUGUGGUCCGCGGAGGGUCCAAAAGCCACGGGAGGUCUCAAGGUGGACAACAUUUGUUGGUGAAACCGAUGAAGAAAGAACCCAGAGAUGAAUGUCUGUACCAGGAGGCUGAUGUAGGACAGGCUGAGCAGCUGCUUCACUCUGUUCAUGUUUUACAAGAAAACCAGACACCGACUGUUCAAGACACAGCACAAGCUGUGAGGACCAUCAGCAGUCCCGUGUCUGUGCCCAUGGUGUUGACAUCCUCCGGCUCUCUCCAGUCUGUUCCCCUCACUGUUCUGGCCAACGGGGACUCCAGCCACUCCUCCCCUCCUCGGGUUAUUCUUCACACCGUGCCUUCCACGACAGGAGGUGGGAAAGAUGUGCUCACCAUCCAGACAGCCUCUCUCACAGGCGGGUCCAGCAGCCUGCAGGACGGCCUCCCACAGCAGCUUCUGGUCACCAAUCUGGGCUCCUCUGCCAUUUCUUCUUCUGCCUCCUCUUGUACCUCCCCUCCAGGAGUCAUUAGUUCUGCAACCUCCGGCCUCAACGGUCUCCCCCGCCUUGUCACCAUCAAUACCACAGGUGGGCAUACCAUGGUGGCGCACCAGCCUGGCACAGUAAUAGCCACAGUGCUAAAGUCCAGCGAUCUGUCGGCGCUGCAGGUCAAAGAGGAGAUUCUGGACUCCAGCUACUUCCAUUCAAUAGUGAACGGUGAUCCAUCACUGGCGGCACACGCAUUUGAGAAGGAAGAGAUGGAGGCUGGGGAGGCAGAGCUGCAGUACAGGACUGUGAUCAUUGAUACCAGUCAAAGCCAGGCCCAAGGUGCUGCAAGUGAAACUUUAAUAAAUGGACAUUACUCCCAGAGCAGCAGCCCCGGUGAAGGUUUGACCCCCGUGGAGGAGCUGGAGGUGCGCGGGGAGAUGUCCCUGCAGCCUGAGCAGGGAAUCAAAAGCCUGCAGGAGCUGCCACUGUCUGUUCAGUUGCCUGCAAACUUUAUCCAGAUAAAAACAGAGCCUGCAGAGGCUUAGGGCCCCAGGACUCUUUCACACAAAGUGAACCAAAAAAAUUGACCACAGACUUUAUUUUCUUUUCCUGUCACAAUGGUCUGAUUAAAUAUCAGAAGUGAGGGAACUUACAACAUGUUGCUCUUAAAAGUUGGUCAGUUCAACCUCAGGAUUUAUUGUUUACUCACAUGUUAUGUGACUAUGUGCCUAAUUUCAAAAAUCUAGGGAGUGAUUAGUUUUUCUUUAGAAGUUAGCCUUAGAUUGAGGAUUAUUCCAUGUAGACAAGAAAUCCCACACACACAUAGCACAAAAUGCUUGGAGAAACCUGGGAUCCCUGUCUGCAAUAAAAAAUGUGCCAGUCAAGUUUUUAUUUUAACCUUACAUCUCAUUGGACUAAUGUUAGAAGAGGACAAUGCAACAAACCAAAAAUGAGGACUGAAUGCCAAACAGUGCAACGAGAAGGGACACGUGAAGAGUGGAUGUUGUCCUUUGACUGCGUUUCUGAGGGAUGUAGGUUGUUGUGUUCAAUCUGCAGAAAAAGAAACAGAGUUUAAGUAAAGAGUGCCUUAUGAGACGUUAAAGGAAAGAAUUACCUUGUUUAUUUUAUUUUAAGACAGACAAGAGUUUAAUAUUCAGUUAUUUUGAAACAAAGUAGGGGUUCAUAUACUCCUGAUCAGCCCUUGCAUUAAAACACUGUGUUAACAUGUAAAAGGGCAUUUUCUGUGUGGAGCUGCAGACUGGAAGGCACAGCUAGAUAGAAGGAACAGAACAGGUUGAAUAAUAGUGAUUUUAAUCCAUCUUUCCCUCUGCAGCUUCAAGAUUUAAAUCCUGUUUAUGUAAAACAAUAUAUAUAUGAACCUAUAAAUAUAUAUAUAUAUACUGUAUGUAGACGUAUAAUUAUGCAAAUGAGAUUCAAUUUUAAGGCCACAACAAAUUUAUUUAUUUUAUUAAUUCCUAAAUUCUGUAAAGAUAAGGCACAUUUGUUUUCUUUUCACAUGCAAACCUGAGGGAAGAUUAAAAAGAAGAUACCAGGAAGCUUAAAUAGCAGAAUCUUUUUUCUUUUGUAUAGCAUUCAAUAUAAUCAGUUUUGUGUUUUUAUUUUUUAAGUUCUGGUCUCAAAUGCUCAGCGCAGCAUCAUUAUUCUGCUGCUGUGAAUAUCUCUGUUAUGUGUUUGAUUUAAACAUUUACAGAAUUAGUUUUUUGUUCCCACUUUUCAGCGGAUAUACCUCUCUGCUUUUUCCAACAGUCAUGCAGUCGAGGCUAUCCAUUCAAAAAUAAUGUCCUGCUUUCGUGUUACAUAGAGUAUCAAAUGUAUCUGUCGUUACUGACGUUCUGCUUGAAAUAUGAGCUUUCUACAUUUGUUAGGAACAGAAACGGCACUGCAUUGUGCUCUGCUGUUUCCUCUUUUCUCUCCCUGUCUUGUCAUGGUGUCUUUGGUCAGUCAAAGUUUGUGCCUUCUCCUUAUUUUGCUGUCCUGUUUGGUUAAGAACCUCUCAGGCCAGCCAUCUGACCAGCUUGGGGAUGAAGCCAUAUUGAUCCUGGGUGGUAUCACAGCUAAAUUGCUUGUAUUUUUCUGGUGGGCUGUAGCCACUGAGUGAGGGACUCUCCAGCCACCUGACCUCCAUCCUCGGCGCAAGAGCUAAAGGCUGCUUUACAACCUCACAACAGCUUAAGAGCUCCACAUUCUGCAGGCACUCUGAAUGUAAAACAUGCUGGCACAAAUGUUUUGACAAUCAAUAAAUACACUGGGUUAUAUUUGCAUUAAAAUCUGAAUCUGACUUUCUCUUCUUUAUUUUCUUAAAUCCAGUCUUUUUUUUUUUCUAAAGCACUGUUGUCUGUGAAUUGUUGAGGUAUGUCCACUGCAUUUUGUUUUGUUACUUCUGUUGUCUUGGGUUGUGAAUGGCCUCCUUUUAUGCUGAAUUUAGACUAGAUAAAAAAAAAAAAAAGUCAAUAUGGUAAUUAAAAAGAAAAUCUCUCUGUA